GCGGGUCGCUCCCGGCCUUCUGGGGCCCGCAGGGCUGCCCAGGGCGGGGACAGGAUCAGAAACACUGGCUCAGACAGAGGUCCCCCUGUUCCUUACCUGCUGCCCCCUGGCCGGUACCGGGCCCCCGCGGGUUCCAGGGAGGAUGGCAGCCUGUCUCCUAGGACAGAGAAUCCAGAGCAGGGCAGUCUCCCCUCCUGCUCGAAGGAGACAACACUGGAAAAGAACACGCAGGACACAGCUCACACCGACACGGAGCUCGAAUCCUCCAUGAUGCAAAAAAUCACCCUGUUGGAACAAAAAAUAGCAGAACAAGCACAAGAAAUCCAACUGAAGGAUAGGAGGAUUGCUGAGCUUGAAGAGAAGAUGAAGACUCUUCAGAAAGAAGAAGAUGCUCCUGACUCAUGCACAACAGAGGAACUGGAAAUCAGGUGCCUUCAGCUGCAGCUCCAGGUCUGGGAGAUGGAGCGGUUUCUGAAUGACUAUGGUCUGACUUGGGUUGGAGAGAGACAUGAAGAGCUGGAAGAUGUAGGACUGCUCAAGGAUGAAGAAGAGCUGCCAGGAAGAAGCUUCUGGAAGCCAGGUGAAGCAGUUGUUCCCCAACACCACGUUGAUUUUGAUUUAAUCUUGGAGAAGGUGAAGGAUCUGAACUUGCUGGCUGGAGAGGGCAUUUCUCACAUCGAGCACACGCCUGGAGGGGCUCGGCUGAGACAGCCACAACCCCUCCCUCUCACACUGUAUCAGAAUGGGAUUGUCAUGUUCAACGGGCCCUUCCGGCCCUAUGAGGACCCAUCCACACAGCAAUGCCUACAGGAUAUUAUGGAUGGCUAUUUCCCUUCAGAGUUGCAGAUGCACUACCCUGAUGGCAUCCCAUUGCAGGUCACUGACAGAAGGGACAUGGUAUUUCAGGAGAGACACCUUCCCGGGAGUUUUCCUGGUCAUGGCCAAGUGGUUGGCCAUUCAAAAUCAAGUGACGUGCAGGAAACCACCGAGAUCCCAGCCUAUUCUGAGGGCGGAUUGUUUGGCAAAAAGGUCACACGUGGACACUCUGCUUCAGCAGGUCCUAAAGUCUCCUUGGAGCAGCUUCUCAACAAGCUUUCCAAGCCCUUGAAACAUGGAGGAGAAGCAACUGGUGCUCACAACUCAGCCAGAGCAGCACAGCAGGGCUCUGACAAGGUGCGGAGCAGCCAAGAGAUCCUGGUGGAGACACCCAGGCUGCCUGCCCUGGAGAGAGUGAAGGUGGCUGAAGAGGCUGAGGCUCCUGCCCCCAGUGUCUGUGCUCUCCGCAUCAAAUCGGAGAGCGGGGAGCAGACGUACGCUGUGAGGAUGCUGCUCACAGAGACCAUCGGGGACCUGCGCCAGCACCUCGCCCGUGCCAGGGGUGGAGACUCCGACUCGUAUGAGAUCAUCAGUACCUUUCCCCAGAGGGUGUACAGGGACAACUCACAGAGCCUGCAGGAAUGUGGCCUGACCCCCAACACCUGCUUACUGCUGCAGAGAAGAGACCCCCACCAGCAAGAGGGCUGCAAACAGCUUAAGAACUCCUAG